CUUUGCUUUAUACACUUCUAUGGUUGAUAGAAAUGGAAAGCAGACAACCUACCUAGCCCUUUGUUCAACAUUAAUUUUAGUAUUAAUUGAGGCCUAAUCUUUUCCUUUUAUUACAUGCAUACAGAUGAAAGGACCAAUGAGUAUCUAAUUCGCAUUGAAGUAUGCAAGAAAAUCCCUCGUGGUUUAAUUUUAUUUUCAGCAUGCAAUGAUUGACGGUCCCAUCCUGAAACGUUUUUGUGGAUCCAAAACGAUGUUCUGCCAAUAAUUUAAUGGAUAGGAGAUCUACAUUUUAGAGCAGUUGGCCUGGCCAUAGAGAAACGAGCUAUGGGGCAGCAAAGCAGAGAAGUAACUGAGUCUUUACUUGUCAGACAUGGACAUGGCGACCUUGCUCACGGUGAAGAAAAUGGUGGCGUUGGUGUUGGGGGUGGAGGGUUGGUGGCUGCUUCCAGUGUCACCACCAUACUUGCUCUUAGCACCUUUGUGGCAGCUUGCAUUGCCUUUGGUUUUGGAUGUGCUCUAGGAUAUUCAUCACCUACUCAGUCCUCAAUCAUGGAAGAUUUGGGACUUUCCAUGGCGGACUUUUCACUUUUUGGUUCAAUACUUAGUAUUGGAGCAAUUCUAGGUGCAGUAAUAAGUGGGAAGAUUACAGAUUUGCUUGGUCGCAAAUUGACCAUGUGGAUUCUGAAUAUAUUCUACAUCAGCGGGUGGCUUGCCAUAGCAUUUUCAAAGGUUCCUUGGCUGCUUGAUCUGGGAAGACUAUCACUGGGAUUCACAAAUGGAAUUUCCGGUUAUCUGGUGCCCAUCUACAUUGCAGAGAUAACACCCAAGAACCUCAGGGGAAGAUUUACAGCCAUAGUACCGUUGAUGGUUUGUUGGGGCAUGUCAUCCAUGUAUGUGGUCGGUUCCUUUGUCAGUUGGCGCACCUUGGCUCUAAUAGCCAUCAUUCCUGGUAUACUCCAACUCCCACUCCUCUUCUUCAUUCCAGAAUCUCCUCGAUGGCUGGCAAACGUUGGUCAUGACAAAGAGCUUGAAUCUACUCUGUUGUGCCUCAGGGGAGAGAAAGCCUAUAUUUCUGAUGAAGCAACUGACAUCAAAGAUUAUGUGGACUCUCUUAAAAGUAUCUCGAAGGAAGGAAUUUUAGAUGUUUUUCAGAAGAAGUAUGUCCAACCCUUGCUUGUUGUAGCCGGCAUGAUGGCUCUGUUGAGUUUGGGAGGAGUCAAUGCAUUUGCAUAUUAUUCUGGUGUUAUUUUUGUCUCAGCUGGUAUAUCCAGCACAAUUGGACUCAUUGCGUUGGCUGCUGCUCAGACAUUACUUGGCUUUCUAGGUACAAUCUUGAUCGAUAAAUCUGGAAGGCGACCACUUCUACUGGUUGCUUCAGCUGGAUUGUGCUUCAGUAGCUUCCUCACAGGAUUAUCAUUCUUGUUAAAGGAAUAUAAUUGGUGGGGUGAAGGUACUCCUAUUUUGGCACUCAUUGGCUUAUUGAUGUACACGGGAUCAUACGUAGUAGCCUCAGGGAUACCAUGGCUUUUAGUAGCAGAGCUAUUUCCAGUAAAUGUAAAAGGUUCAGCUGGAAGCAUCUGUAAUUUCAUCAGUGGGAUUACUGGUUGGGCUGUUGCAUACUACUUUAACUUACUAACUAAAUGGAGCUCAGCAGGGACAUUCUUUAUAUUUUCAGCCUUUUGCUGUGCAAAUUUCAUCCUAGCAGCAACAAUGGUGCCGGAGACUAAAGGUCGAACACUAGAAGAAAUACAAGCAUCAAUUACUCAUUCUUCACAAUGA